CUCCAUUGAUAUCCUAAACUACGAUAAACACAUUUUAUUUAAAACUGCAAGCAGUGAUUGCGACAAAAAAAAAAAAGCGACCCCCAACCACAUUAAGAUGAGAACAUUAAGGCCACAUAACAAAUCCCGCCAAGGCUGUCUAAACUGCAAGGCCCGCAGAGUCAAGUGUCAAGAGACACGCCCUAGCCCAUGCUACAACUGUAGUAGUCGGCAACUGGAGUGCAUAUACCCAUCCAAGGACCAGCUAGUGCGUCGACGCCAUGCGACACAUGGAAUCUCGUAUAGACGAGGAGAGGAAAGGGAACAUGAUUUCCUCGUCAGCACCCCAAUAAAUGGACAUUACUUACCCUCAUCACAAAUGGAAUUGGGCUCACCUUCAUAUAUGUUGCCGGAGGCUUUCACUGGACAUGACCUAAGGUUCUUACAUCACUUCUUGAUCACCGCAUAUCCUCAUCUUCCUUUUGGCAGUGAAGACUUGUGGAAAACAUCUCUGCCGGCGUAUGCACAUGAAUGUCCGCACUUAAUGCACGCAAUUCUCUCUCUGGGAGCUUCUCAUUUGUCCUUAAUUUCGCCGAGAGCGGACGAAUAUACCCCUCUAGCUCUUGCUCACAGAGGUAAAGCGCUUAAAUAUCUUGGUGACAUGCUUGCAGCAGUGGACCAAUACACGAAAACUGAUCUAGACUUGAUCCUGGCCACAACCUAUGCGCUUACAUUCCAGGCAAAUUACAUGACUGAUGGAUUAGUUGAUUUUGCUGUCAUGGUUCGAGGCUGUACGACUGUCACACGGCGAAUUCGAAGUCAGGACCAGGAAAGCGAUAUGUUCCGUCUGCUUAUGUCGGAAGCUAUAUACGCUCGAGUCUGCUCUCAGCUCCCCUUAACGCCAUGCUGGGAUGCUGACAUGCUUGAAAUGUCUAUUGAGGCAAUAGAGGGUAUACAGCCUCUACUAGAGACAAAUGGUCACCGAAUCAACUACCACGCUAUCUUAAAUACAUACCGUUGUAUGCGGAUCUCUGGGCAGCAAGGCUUCAUCGCCUUGAGUGAAGUGUACAACGGAUGGGGAAGUAUGGACUAUCAGGAGUUCAUGAAUUUCCUGGAUUCUGGAAACCAUGUCUCUAGACUGUUGUUGCUCCAUUAUGUCACUGUGACAAUUAUGAUGAAGCCAGUUUUUAGUAUUUUCAGGCCGUCUAUGCGAGAAAGUCCUAAGGACACACUCGCUAACCAUCAGUGGGGAAUUGGUAUCUAUAGAAGCCUUCCUGCCAAAUUUCGCGGCUUGGUUGAGUUGCAGUAUCGGUUUAUUGUUACGGAUAAGGCGUGGAUUGAGGAGGGAGGUACGAUAUCUGCAAGCGUGAAUGCAGCCGACGUUUUUGCAACUAUAACACAAGAAAUUUGAAACGAAG